UGAAGAUUUCAGGCACCAAUUUUAAACUGUCAUCUACGCAAAUCACUGUAACUUAUAAAUAAGUGAUCGAAGAUAUAUUGCUAACAAUAUUUAACGAAAGAAAACGUACAAAAUAUUUCCAUUGCGAGAGUAAAGUUGUUGCUCUCCUUCGCUGAACACCUGCAACUAGUACGUUAGCUAAGUACAGUAACGUUACAGUAAGCUACAGUAGCUACCUUGGAUGCAAACUUUGCAUUUAGCUAGCUAGCUUCGCCAAAAUGCCAUCUCGUGUUGACGAUUAUGAGGUGUUGUAUACCAUAGGAUCAGGGUCUUAUGGCAAAUGUCAGAAAAUACGGAGGAAAUCUGAUGGGAAGAUUCUAGUUUGGAAGGCGCUGGACUACGGCACAAUGGCUGAGAGCGAGAAGCAAAUGCUGGUGUCCGAGGUCAACCUCCUCCGUGAACUGACGCAUCCAAACAUUGUGAGAUAUUAUGACCGCAUCAUAGACCGGACCAACACCACACUGUACAUCGUUAUGGAGCACUGCAAAGGCGGCGACCUCUCCAGCCUCAUCACCAGAUGCAUUAAAGAAAGGUGUUACUUGGAGGAGGAGUUCAUCAUGCGAGUCAUGGCACAGCUCACUCUUGCACUGAAGGAGUGUCAUCGCCGGAGCAAUGGUGGGGCCACAGUGUUGCACAGAGAUCUUAAGCCCGCCAAUAUCUUCCUGGAUGUCAAGCAGAAUGUCAAGCUCGGUGACUUUGGUCUCGCACGUAUCCUGAACCAUGACACCAGUUUCGCUAAGACUUUCGUCGGAACCCCUUACUACAUGUCGCCUGAACAAAUUAAUCGCAUGUCCUACAACGAGAAAUCGGAUAUCUGGUCCCUGGGAUGCUUGUUGUAUGAACUCUGUGCCUUAUCUCCUCCUUUCACAGCUUAUAACCAAAAAGAGCUGUCAGAGAAGAUCCGAGAGGGGAAGUUCAGGAGGAUCCCCUACCGCUACUCAGAGGAGCUGAACACACUCCUGUCCAGAAUGCUCCAUUUAAAGGACUACCUGAGGCCCUCGGUGGAGUCCAUUCUCCAGAGCAGCCUGUUGGUGGACGUGGUCGCCGAUGAGCAGAGGAAGAUGCAGGCGCGCAACUGGAGGAGGUCGGCUGAUCCAGAGAACCCAAAGCCAGCCGGGUCUUCAACCUCCCCAACCGCUGCGGAGCUGAGGCUCAAGGAGCAAUUGCUGCGGGAGAGGGAGAAGGCCCUAAAGGAGCGCGAGGAGAGGCUGGAGCAGCGGGAGCAGGAGCUUUGUGUUCGCGAGAGACUAUCGAAUGAGAAGCUUGCCAGAGCGGAGAGUUUGUUGAAGAGCUGCAACCUGGUAAAACAGAAGAAGACCCUGCCACCACUCUAUUCCAAUGACAUGGAUGUGGGAGAGGAGAAUGUCCCCCCUGAAAAGAAGGUCAGUUUUGCCGGAGACAGCGAAGAGAACCAAAGGCCUGAUCAGAAGCAGAGUGAGAAGAGCCAGGAGCUGGGGCUGAAGAGGAGGCUGCAGGCAGCCAACCUGCGGGUCCAGGCCCUGGAGGAGGUGGAGAGGAACUACCAGCUCAAGAGCAGGCAGAUCCUAGGCAUCCGCUAGCACCAGGAGAGCCUGCUGUUUAGGGCCUGAUUAUCAGUGUCAUGUGAAUGGAUGUCUGAGCUAUGUCCCAGAAGCUACUGGUCUCUGCUCAGUCUUUCUGACUAAUAGAGAGUUUAAGAGCUACUGAAAGCUAGUGGUCAUACCCUUUAGGGAAAAUAAGUAGCUUUAAUUUAUUUGUAUCAUAGUGUGAGUGAUUUGUACUGUGAUGAAAUUGCUAAAUAUUGGAUACCAAAUAUAUUUUUUAGCGGUGUGUGUGUGUGUUUUUUCCACCUCGACAUUUCAAAUGUGUCGAUGUUAGACUGAAUUGCACUGAAGUUAUGAUGCUUUGUACAUACUGUGGCAUUAAAAAUAAUAUAUUUGAAGGGCUGUGUUGGUACAGUAUCCAGAGAUGUUUUAAUGGGUGUACACUCCCACAUACACUGCUGGAAAUAUGUAAAUGUUUUGCAAAUAUGAGUUUAGGAAUUGGGAAGGGUUGGCAAAUGUUGAGGCCACUGUUUUCUGUUAAAAAUAGACACUGGUGACCCAACAAAUGUCUGUUUCGGUGGAAUUGUUACCCGAUUGUCAUUUGUCCUUUGUGCUUUAUUGUUCUUUUGCCCUUGGCUUGCCUCCUGUUAUUCAUCUCAAAUGGGCAUUUUGGUUAGGCCUACAUGAUGGUCAGCUCUUGCUACACUUUUCUAAAUGUUUAAUUUUAUGUUCUCAGCAGUUUGCAAAGAAAUGUGACCAUGUCAAUUAUUUGGGAAUAUAACAUGUAAGGGUGAGUCCCCUCUUGUAGAGGAAGCUAUGUCAGAGAUUGAUUAUUGUUGAAGAAUGUACAUUCUCUUUAUUUCUAAAUGAAAGAUUUACGUUACAUGCAAGUGAUCUCAUUCUCACCUUGUAAGGUUUAUCUGUUGAUUGAGUACGGUUACAUGCACACAAUAAUGCAAUUUUUGUGUAUAGUCAAAUUAAUAUAAUAGUUUGAUUAAAACGUUUACGUGCUUUGCAAGAAUAACGACUACCCUAAUAAUCAUGUUUACAUGGACAUAUCUGAAAUCAGGCUACCAGACCGCACUCUGAUAAAUGCAGAAUGUCGAUCAAAAUAAACGUUCUUAACACA